UAAGCCGACCAAAGAGGAAAAGCUCAAAUGUUGUCUAGUGUGGUUUCGCACACAAUAUUGCUUGCCAAAGAUGUGUCGAGGGGUGUGGAUCAUGACAUGAUAAAAAUGGCAGACGAUUUGGAGUUCUUCAGUAGCUAUCCUUGAGGAAAGGAAUCAUUUGAACUCACUUUGGACUACUUAAAGAACAAGAUAGACAUUCCCAAGCACCACCAAGUACACGCGGAGAAAAGGGUUGCAUCAUAUGCUCUCUAUGGCUUCCUCUAGGCAUUUAUGGUCUGGGCAUAUGAAGCUUUUCCUGCACUUGGAAGGAAUGCUGGGAAAUCAGAUGAGGUUCAUUUCCCUAUUCCUAGGAUUCUUAGGUGGCACACGAAGAAAAUGGAGCGAUUUUCUGAAGGAGAUCCAUUUAAGAGAGCUAGACUUAUCAAGAUGGUGCACCCUUACCUCAUCCCUACAGUGCAUGAGUUGGAGCGAGAUUACAUGAAAAAUCUGUUGCCAUAUGAUGAUGAAAAUAAUGACCCAAUCAUUGAUGAGUUGGAGCGUGAACUUGAAGGCGUGAUUGUUUUGAUUACACCAAAAAAUUCCUCGAAGGCUUCUAAUAGGAAGGGGAAGGAGUCCAUGGAGCAUUUUGAUAAGGACUAUACUCAAGACGCCAAGGAUAAUCAUCCGGAAGAUCUCGGUGGUAAUUCAGCCGCAAAAGAUAAUAUUGGUGUUGGGACAUCUAUGGGUCGUGUUGCACCAAGUGGGCAGGUGGAGCAUGAGCAACUGAAGCAGCAUGUGGAGAAGAUUGAGGAGUCUUUGAAGGUUCUUGUCUCUUAUGUUGAGGGGGAAAGAAUUAGAAAGAGCGAGAAGGAGACUCUCAUUGAAGUUGCUGGUGAGGUUGAGGUUGAUGUUGAUCAGCCAAUUGCUCGACAUGUCGAUGUGCCAAAUGCUCAAGAUCUCCCUGCUACUAUAUCUGCUACUGAAGUUGAGGAGGAGUCUGUUGCUGAAGUUGCGAAUGAAAAAGAAGUCCCUGCUGCUAAAGUCGAGAUCCCUGCUGUUGAAGGAGAGAAGGAUAAAGAAGUCCCUGCUGCUGAAUUUGAGGUAGAAAAAGAAGUCCCCAAUGAUAAAGCUGAGAAUGAAAAAGAAGUCCCUAAUGAUGAAGCUAAUGUUGAGUUUGACGAUGACAAAGCUGUGUCGACUGUUGUCGAGGAAAUUAAUUUGGAUGUGGUGGAUAUAAUAAUUAAUUUGUGUGUGGUGGAUGAUAACAAACAAUUUUAUUGCUUAGUUUUAACUGUUUUUUACUUUAACAAACAAUUUAUGACAACUGUGUUGUUGCCUUGUGAAUUUGGACGGGCAAAUUUUUGUAAGUAGUAAUUUAUGACAAGGUUAUUUAACUGUGUUGUUGCUCUGUGGA